AUGGAAGACAAUUUUACAAAUGCUACAAAAGUUGCAGAAGAGUUACAAAUAUCGACAACUUUAAAGGAAUCAAGAACAAAAAAAAGAAAAAGAUUAGAACUUUAUGAAACAGAUGAUAACAUGACAUGGCGGUAUGAAAAAAUUAUGGAAAUUUCAAACGAUUUUGAAUUUCUUUCCGGUCAUUCAUUAACCAAUAUGAAUUCACACGAUUUGCAAAAAGCAGCUGCUGAUCUAGGAUUAAAAUAUAAUGAAGAUAUAAAUACUAAAAAAGAUUUUAAACAUGCAGUUUUAUCAAUUUUGCCAAGUAUUGAAUCAGUUACGUUUUUGAAUUUAUUACAAUUAAUUCACGAUUAUAAGCUUAAAGAAUCGUAUCCAAAUAUUGAAAUUGCUAUAAGGAUUUUUCUCUCAAUGCCCGUUACAACAGCUUCAUGUGAAAGGAGUUUCAGCAAACUUAAAUUGAUAAAAAACAUACUUAAGAUCUACAAUGGCAUAAGAGAGAUUAUCAAGCAUGGCCAUCAUUUCAAUAGAAACAGAAAUCGCUAG